AUGGAAGCCGGCUGCCGUGUUGUUCGUGGUCCAGAUUGGAAAUGGGGGAAUCAAGAUGGCGGAGAAGGACAUGUUGGGACUGUUGUUGUGGUGGGUAGAAGUGGAAGCGUUUCUUCUCCCGAUAAAACAGUCGUGGUUCAAUGGGAUGGUGGAACGAGAACUAACUACAGAUGUGGUUAUCAAGGAGCGUUCGAUCUGUGUCUGUUUGAUAAUGGCCCGGCGGGUAAGGCGUUAUAAUUUAAAGCUUCCUGACUCAUCUUAAUAAACUUUGAAUUAGCAUCUGUAUGGGCGCGCAUUUCAUCGAUAAAAAUUCUUAACCUCGUGCGAUGUGACCGCUAAGAAUUAUUUAUUGCUCAUGGAGGUAGUAAAGAUUUCCAGUCGUUCUAUCAAAGGGAAAACGGUUCUUAAAAAAAGUUUCUAAGUAGAUGUUUACCUAAUGAAAGGUUCAGUGUUUACGUUCACUUUGUCACAUACUUAUGCUUUCUUCCAAAAAUAACUUACCAGUCUUUAUUGUGAGACAGUAACAUCUCUUCCUGAGGGAUAAUCCUUUACUGUGUAACUUCAAUCAGGGAAUGAAAUGAAGUUUGUCUAAACGCAUCUCACCGACACGAAAAUGAGCAAUAUUAGACCGGCGUAUUGUUGCAUUCAUGAUAUCCAAAUUUUCUGUAGAUAUAAACUCACAUUUUUGGUAUCCUUCGCAACAGUUGCACUGUUGUAUUUCAUUUCAUAACAUGGCCUGUUAUGGCAAACUUGUCCUUGGCUCAUUCAUUGAUUUUUAGGAAACUGAAACAGCAGAAACAUCAUGGUUUAAAUUUUCAGUUCUUAGACUAUUUCCAUCUUCAGGGCAAGUUUAAGUUUUGCCAUGGUUCGAAACUUGAGAUGUUAUUCAAGCUUAAAUGAACAGAAGGAACCGAAGACAAGUUUACCUACAAAGUCAACGAAUCUUUAAAAAGAGAGGAAUUGAAUUUUGUCAGGCCUAAAGCGAAGGAGGUUAUUAUUAAAUUGUUGGCUAUCAUUCAAACUAGCCAAAAAAAAACCACAAACUAGAUUACACUGAGGAUAGAGGUUCACCUAGUCUUCCUGAAUUAAAAUGUAUCCAGACCAGUGUUGCUAAUAACAAAAUAUUAUUGUUAAGCAACAAUAUGUAGUAUUUAUAAUGAGUAUUUUUUGAGUUUAGCCUCAGGGGAAAAAGAAAAAAAAAUAAAGACAAGAUAAAUUGAUAUUAUAAUUGCUUAUGGGAAAAAACUAAUCAAGCAUGACAGACAAAAUUUUGUAUUACUCUUACAACUCUUGUAAAAUGGAAAAUUACAUAGUAAUACAACACACUUUUUGAGUUGAAUUCCGUCUCAUAAGACUCCUAUGUUGUAGAUCCAGCUGAUAAAAUCUCAAGGAUGUUACAAGACUCCUGAAAUUCUACAAAUCAUUUCAUCACCAUAGAAUUGAUCAGUGGACCAUGAUAAUUUCUGUGUAAUUACUGUUUUUUUUAUUUCUAAAUUAUAUCUGUUUAGAAAAGCUGUUAAUUGUCCAUUUUUCCAGGUGUUGUGCAUUCUAAUGUGACUUGUAAUGAGUGCAAAAAGCAAGCCAUUGAAGGAAUUCGCUGGGAAUGUUGUGACUGUGUCAGUCUUAACCUUUGUAGUUCCUGUUACAUGAAUGAUAAGCAUCCACUUGAUCAUGGUUUUAAUAGAGUGGAAGCUCGUGGAAAACCAGGGUAAGAUGGAAAAGCAUUGUGGUAAGAAUUAUACAAAAAUUAAAAAAUGCUAUUGCUUUAGGUCAGCUGUCUCAAACAAUUUUUACAUGACAUUAAUGACCUGUAAUAUGUUGGGCACCAGUUCACAGAAAAUGAUAUGUAUUGUUUUGGGUUCUUGGAAAAGCUCUGACCAUUGAUGAUAUGCUUCUAAGAAAGCUGGGACUGCAUUUGUGGAAAUUCCCAGAAAACUAGCUUAGGAGUUAACUGUUGUAAGUGUUUAAUGGGCAAGGUAGCUGUCAGAUAUAUAAUAUGGUUCAUAUCCCCAGCUGGGAUAAAAGGAGUGGCUGUAAGGGCACCCUGUCACCUACCCCCCCCCCUAGUUUUUGCUUUGGUAUAAUAAUACAGGGAAGAUUUUUUAAUAGGCCAGUUUACAGCUGUGGGUUUGGUGUCCUUGGUUGACCUUGGUUUGAUACAAACCUCCUUCCUUUUCUAAUGGAAAUUUUGCUUAAAAAUAAUAAAGGAGAAAGGAUUGUAUCAAAACAAGGUCAAUUCCAGCCUUUUUUCCAACUGUAACUGUAAAAUGGGCCUUAAGUAGAUAUACUUUGUGCAUGUGUCACAGCUUUCUAGUUCAUUUUGUUAAUGAUGCCAACUGUGCGUCCUUAUUCCCCAUGGAACUUGAGAAAUUACUUAAAUGUGAAUGACAAAAUCACAGCGUAGUCUGAAAUAAAUACCACUCCCAAGCAUUAUAUCAAACAUUACAAACAACAAAAAUGACCUUUGAAACACUGUUAGGCUAACAGGUUUUCCAUAACCACAAUUACAAUCCAUUUCAAUCUUCUUCAAGUUUGUCUGUCUGUGUCUCCUUUUGUGUUUGAUGUGUUAUUGAUACCUUCUUUCCAUGUUGUGAGCAGUUAUUUUUAUGUUUUACUCAAUUUGGUGGUGGUUCCCACUGUUUUAAUUUUGUGCAUCACAAAUAUAAAAGUUGGACAAAUAUGACCUAUUGUUUCAGUUGGUCCUUAUGCUGAAAGCUAACUUUUACAACUGUAUAUUUCUUACUGCAGAGUUUUCGUUGGCAACAGACUUGGCAAGUGCAAAGUUGAGGCUAAAGGGAUAUUUGCUGGUUCGCAAGUCAUGCGUGGGCCAGACUGGGACUGGGGAAACCAAGAUGGAGGUCCCCAGAGUGUAGGUCAGGUGUUAGAUUUGAGAGGUUGGGAGCUGGAAAGUUUCCGAAGCGUCGCGUGUGUUAAAUGGAAACCUACCAGUACAAAUGUGUACCGUGUUGGGCACAAAGGCAAGGUAGGGAAAUACAGUCUGGCAAUUUUUGUGUUAAACAUUGUUCGGCUAGCCUUAGCUUGUAGAGCCUGCACGCAAGCAAGUUCUCCAGGCAGGCGUAUUUUUUGGGGGGGAGGGGGGGGGUGAGCAAUAUAGAAAGGAACCAUCGUAUUGGAAACUUUCAGCACUUGGUCUAGGAAUGAGGAACUUGUAUUAUUUCUCCUUGAAUUUCAUCGAUGACAUUGAAGCAAAAUAAUAUAAUAUCCUAGCUAAAUGUGCUGAUAGUUCCCAUGUUUUUAAAAAAUCUUUAAUACAGGGCUAUUAAGGUUCAUUGGCUGGAGACUUCCCCCAGCUAUUAGGAGCAUUUACUACUUUUGUAGGACUCAAAAGGAAAAUAAAACCAAAAGAGCCUCUGAGCUGUUGAAUUCCUGACUUACUUAGUGCAUAUAUUGUGCACGGUAAAGUGACAGCCCAGAUAGUAUUAUCUUGUUUUCUUUUGGUUAUAAGGCAUAGCAUUUUUUCAAUGUGUGCUCUAUAGCUCUAAAUCUGUUGUAAUUUUAGGGAGCAUCUUAUAACUGAGCAUCUUUCGGCGAUGAAACAAGAUUGUGUCAACUUUUUUAGUAUAAAAGCUGUAGCUGCCGAUCUUUUUCUCUGUUAUCAGUCUAGUCCUCAAUUAUUUCCACAACAAGUACAUCAAAUCAUUUAUAUUAAAUCAAAUACUAUUUUUACCUGUCAUUUUUCAGGUGGAUUUAAAAUGCAUCACUGUUGGAAGUGGAGGAUCUUAUUAUAAGACACAUCUGCCAAAACUUGGUCAAAACCCUGAAUCUCUGAUCAUACCACACUCAAGUAACUCUGUAUCAAGAUCCACAAGCGAUGAUCCACCAUUUGAGGUUGGUGAGAGGGUGCGAGUUCUCUUAGGCGUGGACACACUAAGAGAUAUGCAAGAAGGACAUGGGGGAUGGAAUGACAAAAUGGAAGAGGUAUGUGAAAUGUAGCCUGUACAGUCUGGCAAUCUGUGAAAGUCAAUCCUGUGGUUUGUUCUCUUAUUGCUACUUUCUUCCUUUUUUUUUCGGUCUAUCUAGCAAAACUAGUUUUUAGAAAUUUGGAAUUUUUGGAAAUGUUUUACCUCAGCCACUAUUGGACGUGAGAUGUUCUUUUUACCAGUGGAGCUUGGAAAGAGGCAAGAAAUGAAGUUCUCUCACACUGAAUAGAACCUGGGCACGAGUGACAUUUUAGGGUAUCAGUUUUCAUGCACCUCACGUGAUUCAGUUUUUGUUUCUUGCCAUACAGUGUAAAAGCUUUUCCCACCCUUUGUGAGUUUUAAAAAGUGUGUGUUGGGUUGAUAUCUGAGUGUAUUAGAUUCAGGAAGGUUUUUCUCUUUUUUCCUUUGCUUGUUGUAAAUUUUUUGUGGUGGUUGUGAUUACUAAAAAGCUGUUGCAUUGUCGUCUGGCAGACAAAUGGCAGUCAGUUUGUGAGAAGUGGAUUUUAUUAGAAACUUAAUAUUUUUCAGGUGAUUGGCCUGACAGGAACAGUGCAUAGAAUAACUGAACGUGGUGAUGUGAGAGUACAGUACCCUGGGUUUGCUAAUAGAUGGACUUUCCACCCUGCAGCCCUUACAAAGGUAAAAGUAUUAAGACAGAAUCCAUUAGGAAAUUGAGUAAUUUUAAUUUUUAGUGGAUAAAAACCUUGUACUAGAAUAAUUUAAACAAUAUCGCUUUCUUUUUUGCACUUUUCAAGGGCUAUAGAUGUAUUUCGUUACCUGUAAUAACACCAAAGACUAUUUCUCAUGAGAGUUCGAGAAAAUAAAUGUCAAAUUUCGCAAAAUGAGACCUUACAUGAGAAAUUUGCAGAAUUUUACCUGUGUUUUCACAAUUCUUGUGAAAUUUGGCAUUUAUUUUCUCGGGCUCCCAUGAGAAAUAGUCUUUAGUGUUAUUACAGAUAACUAAUGACAUCUAUAGCCCUUAAAAACUGUAAGAAAGAAUGCGAUAUUGUUUUAAUUAUUCUGGUACAAGGUUUUUGUCCACUGAAAAUUGAAAUUACUCAAUUUCCUAAUGGAUUCCGUCUUGAAAGUACUAUACUUUAAGCAUAUAUACGAAUUUUGACCUAAGAACGAAAUUAUUUCUAUAACACUAUCUCUAUAACCACCACCAAACACCGCCAUUAAGGUUAUUGGUGCUUGUAAGUAGUAACCCAGACAACGGGUCAUUCAAAAGUUGUCUCGCCGAAAGUUAUGUUGCUGAAACCGAGAAUUAUGGAGUUAUGCCUCGGCACAUGCCCACAUGACCGCUCGGAAACGCGGAAAGCAAGCGCAAAAUCGCCGUUAUUUCAGCGGCAUUUCUUUCUAUCCGUUCAACGGAGGUUUGUGGAAUUUUUGGCCAGACCUCUGCUCCAAUCCUUUACCUUGGUGUUAGAACCGUGAAAUUUUUCUUUAUUAUACCUGUUAUUGAUUGUAUCGAUUAUUAUGUUCCAAGGCUCUAUUUUUUACAUUACUCAAGGGUGUUACUGUUCUUGCAGCGAGGACGAGCCCCAAAUUUGGCGUUUCCCUGUCAUUCGUAAGUCACGUGAAGCGAGCGUGCGCUUCCUCCGCCCCAAUCCUUCUCCGCUCGCUCGUCCGUGACCUUCUACUCUUGCAGUCUCUAGAAUGAGAACUUGCUUGCAGACUCUCGUUGCUUCCACAGGGUACUGUAGAUGAUGAAGGCUUCGUAUUUUCUCUUAGGUUGACGAGCUACACGUCAGUGACAAAGUAAGGGUGAUGAAAAAUCUCGAAUUGGUAAAGAAACUUCAGUUUGGGCAUGGAGAGUGGACUGAGGAUAUGGUUUUGGUAUGUAAACGUACUUCACAUGUGGUCGAAGUUUUGCCUUUUAAUUGAACAACACAUCAACAUAGAGUGACUAAUUAUUGUAGUUGUUUUGCACGUUUAUCACUUUGACAACCAUUUUAUUAAACGCAACAACGCUUCCAGAAUGCAGUGUAGGCGAAUAAACAUUUUGUAAAAAUUUAUCAGGGCUCGUAAAAAGUCCCGUCCGAUAGUUGGGCGAGUAACUGUUAAUGCUGACUUGCCCAUUAGGGCCCAAGGUAGUCAUCUUCAAACCAAAUCAUUAACUGUCUAAGGAUAAGCAAGAGGUAGCCUCGGAAAAGCAAACUAUGAGAGCUGCUUGCCGAAAGGACCAGCUGGAAUAUAAGUUUUUUUCGCGCCCUAUUAAUUCAUGACAAGAAUUUUCAUCUCUCUCUUCUCAGGCUCUGGGCAAAGUUGGGCAAGUCUUGAAAAUUUAUUCUGAUGGAGACAUCAGAGUGGCUAUUGCAGGGCAACAUUGGACAUUUAACCCGGCGGUGCUGGUAAAGGAGUCACCUACAGCAAUACCAUCAGGCCCACUAGCAUCGCCCCAGGCCAAACAAACUGCAGCGCAUGGAGAGUUACAGGGAAUCUUACAACCAUCGCCUUCAUCAACAUCGUCUACCAAGUCUCAGCGGCAACACCAAAGGCGUUCAUCUGCAGAGGAACGAAGAAAUGUUCCAAAUUCGCAAAGAGAAAUAGGUAAAACUUAAAGAAGGAAAACGAAAAUUUGAUAGUCGGUAGCGUUCAGAAAAUAUAUAUGCCAGUCAGCUGGUAAAUCAAUAACAUUUCCUCGCGACAUACUCUUAUAAAUACAUGUAUGGAGUUAUAUGGUACACCUACGUCAGCGAGCUUUCAAUAGUCGUGUUAAUGGGAAAUGUGAAAAGUUUUUGUUUUGCGUGGGAAGAAAACAAAAAUGUCAAGGUGCACACAGGCAACUAGGAAGUAAAGGAGAACAUCCUUGUGAAAACCGAUCCUUAGCAACAGCGACAUCAGCACAAGUGAAUACCGUCAAAAACUGAAAAAUCUUAGCCUCAAUCAGCACAACUCUGCACGCUUUGCUCGUGCAUCAAGUUUUUCAUGAGCACAUUCCUUUGCCUUCUUCGGCAUGGAUACGUCGUGAAAUUAGGGAGUUUAGGAUUUGUCUAUGCUAUACGGGACAGUUUUUCAUGUUGACAUGGAAAGCUAUCCUGCAUUGUAGGAACACCUGUUUACACUGGGCUAAAGGGUGUCACAGAAACUGAUACGAUAUGUGAGGGCACACUGUCAAGAUCGAGACGGCACGGUAUCACUACGUUACAGAAAGCGCCCCGAAAUCACUGUUCUCAUGUGUCAACAGAAAAACCUAUCUACAUAAGAGAAGGUUUUCGUACCGGCGCUAGAGCGCUACAGUAUAGUGUAGACAUAAAGCCUUAAACAACCACAACAAAGACGUUGACUAAAACAACCCCCGCUCUGUACGUGCACUAUGCACAAUGUUUGGUAAAUUUCAUUGACGUCACCGCACGAACUUUCCAUGCGACAGUUUAUGGAAGACCUGAAGACACGACGACUCCAUCCAUCCAGGGAAAUUUGCCCACUUUUGAGUCGACAGGCAUUAUCUUGGCAGAGAACUGAAUAAAAAGCGGCACCAGUGUUAUUUUUUGGGACUGGGUCUUUUGCUUUAAGAAAUAAACUGCCGGUAUUCUGGUAGGGUUUUUAGUGAGGAAAAAACAAACAAACGACCACAAAAACAAUAGGGACGACAAUAACACCACGCCGACACUAGCUAUGUACCAGAACAUCAAAAAUUCUUAUCUUAGUGCUUAUGCUUGCGCCAAAGCCUUUUUUCACGAUAUAAUAAGAACUCUUGUGCUUGCUUUUGUGCUGGCGUUGCAAGUAAAACCGGGCUUCUUUCUCAAGUAGAAAUGCAGCAAGUAGGAAUUGUUAAAAUGUUAAUAUGACUAGUAAGUUGUUCUGUUUUUAGAUGAAUCUCUGAGAACACUCAUGGAUCACCUGCGCAUCAAUGCGUCAACUGAUAUAGGUUCUAUGAUUGUUAGUGAGGCAGGACAGGGACACGUCGAAAAACUGAGAGAACUGUUAAAAGCUCAUCCAGAUAAGGUGAGUACAGCCAGCUCUAUUGCACAGGUAUCCUCCCUUGUGUUGUCUGUUUACACAAGGCCAAACUUAAAAGGGCUACCGUAAACUGCCGCUUGUCGCGUUUGUCAGAACGCAUCCUAUCUGGUGUUCUUGUGGCACUAAGGCAGAAAUGUUCGAGCUGUGACGGGCGACUGCAAAUUAGCCGCCCCUAUUAAUUUUAUCAGGGGCACCUUGGCCAGGAAACUUGACUCAUUUCAACUCGAUUUGGUUUCCAUAUUUUUUCCGGCAAUGACUAACGCGGGUCCGUAAUCAAUGAUUACCUCUAGUUAAUAUAAGCCCCUCCAUUUAACAGAUUUAACAAACAUUCGACUUCUGGACAUGAAAUAAAACUUCCUUCGGCAGUGCUUUUCCGUUGCACUAUUCGCUUUUGGAUUUUGUAGGACGUGAAAUUUGGGGAAAUUUAUGCAGGGGUGCAUUAGUUUUACACCUAUAGAGAGGAGAAGUGUGACGUCACGUUACCAUGGUAGCACUAUUUCUGGAUGACAACAAAAUCAACAACGAUGGCGACGAGAAGGAGAACGGCAAAAAAUAAUAUGUUUAUAAUAGCAAACAAAAACUUUGCACGUGCAUCACGCUAUUUUGUACAUUUCUUUGCCGUCGUUGCACCACUACGUCGUGGAACAUCACAAGACUAUAACACAAAAAUUGUCGCUUUCUUUUUCUUAACUUAGGUAAUCAUAGAUACGGUCCCAAAUAAAAUUUCGCCAAGAUUUGGCAAAUUAAAUGAUACUAGAUAAGGUCGGUGAAGUUUGAAAUAUUGUGAAUAGACUUCCAAGUGACUUUUUCGGUUUGUUGUUAUCCAAAAAUUUUGCUUCCAUAGCAACGUGACGUAACGACUUCUCCCCUCUAUUAGGAAUGAAAAAAUCAGUUAUCUCGCGAGUCCCAUGAUAUGGAGGAAAACGUAAUACUACUUAAAAUCUUGCCAAGACGCUGUCCAUUGAUUAUUCUUUGGUUAUUUUUUUUUAGGUGAACAUUGUACGAUCAGAUAAGACUGCUUUGCAGAUUGCCAGUCACCAAGGACUCACCCAAAUUGUGGAGCUUCUACUUAAUCUCGGAGCUAACGUUAAUCUUCAAGUUAGUAUUAUAAUCUCUUGAAGUAGCUGAAAAAUUUUAUCAAAAAAGUGAUUUAGUUAAUCCAGUUGUGAUGUACUUAAUUUCAGCUACUUAGGCUUAAUUUCUGCGGUGUUUUCAACGGAAGAGUAAAAGGCGCUUUUCAUCUUUUGAGCCAGGAGCUUUUAAGCAGACGUCCAUCUCAACUCUAAGUUCUCAAGCCAGUAGGUCUAAAACCAUGUUUUUUCAAAAAUUGAUCAUUUUUUACGAAAAUUGGGUCCGUUUUCGAAACCUGUGUGACCACAAGAUUUCGCACAAAUUUUAAGGAGAGUUAUUCUGAAUUUCAGGCCUCGAUCAGAUCCUAUUUUCUUCUUUGUUCAAGAACAAUCUCUAGCUACAAUGUAAGCAAAUAAAUCGGAUUUAAUAUUAUAUUAUAAUGUUAAAAAAUCGAGUAACGUUUGCUGAUCGGGGUUCCCUUUUUUUCUUCAGGACGCUGAAGGAGAUACAGCUCUACAUUAUGCUGCAUUCGGGUGAGUCCAGACUUGAGGCCGUUCUAUUUAAUCUUUGUUUUUUCAAGGAAAGUUGGCUGAUGUCCUACAGCAUUCUUUGAAGAUUUUUCAAGCUUUUUAACAUUUCACCAAGGAAUGAACGAAGGUUUAUAACCAAUAUAAGAAAUACACACAAACUGGUCCUGUUAUAUAUGUUUCGUUAUCUCUGAUGUCUUAUAAGAAUAUUUUAUUAUUCCUCAGAAAUCAGUCCGCAGCGGCUGUUGCUCUGCUGAAGGGAGGCGCGGAUGGCAACAAACUCAACAAGAACAAAUGUUCUCCGCUUCACGUUGCAGUCAAUAAGGGAUAUACGGACGUCGUAAAAACGUUACUAAACUUCUCCUGUGAUGUCAACGCACAGGUUUGUUAUAAUUCGUCGCAUCUUCGUACCCAGGACCUCUCUUCUUCCAGGACCGAGAUGGAACUGAAAGAAGAGAGAGUCAAAGGAGGAAAAUUAAAUGUGACGUUUUGUUGUUUUGCAGGAUUCAUACGGGGACACUGUCCUUCACGAUGCCAUAGCUAAAGACUUCAUUGAGAUUGUUGAAGUUCUCGUGAACUUCCGCGGCGUAGAUUUGUCCAUUAAAAAUAAGCGAGGAUUCAACUGCCUUCAUCAUGCAGCCUUAAAAGGAAAUGCGAGGUCAGUAGUGAUUUUUGAGACAGAGAAAGGCGAGGAGGGGGGGGGGGGGGGGGUUGAAGAAAGGGAGGAGGGAAUGGGGGAUCGAUUGCUUGUUUGUUUCCAUUUUUAUUCUGUCUUUAAUAGUGAUAAUAAUAAUAACAAUAACCUUUUUUUUAUUGAGGGUAGCACUCAAUAUCUCUCGAUAAUCUACACCUGGCCCUCAGAAAAAAUUAAUAAAGAACCAAAAAAUCAGUCAAAAACUAUGAUUUAUCGGCAAGAAUUUGAAGAUAAACUAACUAAGGAAUUGCUAAAGACUGUCCAUUACAAUUUACAAAUUUCAAUUCGCUUAAGUUUGUUUUCGAAAGACAUCAAGGUAAAGCCACUCCUCAGGAAGUCUGUUCCACAAGCUUGCAGCACUGAACAUAAAUGCGUAUGACUGUUUAAUUCUUGGCAACUUUAAAUUUCUUUUAUUGUUUCUUGUUUCCCUAACCCUACCACAGGGCGGCUUCCUUGAUAGCACAAAAAUGCCCAGAUUUGUUGAACGUUGUGAAAGAGGACGGCUUCUCUGCGCUGCACUUGGCCUCGCUCAACGGCCACCAUAAUGUUGUCCAGUGUCUUGUCGAGGUACGUAAAUUAACAUAUUGACCUUGUUGUGUUCGCUGGAAUGGCGUGAUUUGGUUGAAAUUGAGCAUUUUCGCUCACCUGGCCAGCAGCUGCGCAAAUGUUUUGCGAAAAAAGAAAACUUUUAGUCAAGGAAGAGUUCCUGCCCCACAGGACUGGUUUGGGACACCAAUAUGCCCGCCGCUUUAUUUUUUUGAACACCAACAUGGCGGUUGUGGCGUCAUGAUGUGAAAAUGCUCUUUGCUAACUUUUGGAAGUCGCUUGUGAUCACCAUGCCGUCUCUUAAGCUUAUACAAUCUGAAAGCUUAGAAUUCAGCGGUGAGAAGUCACUAUUGUCGUGAUUUAGAGGUUUGUGCAUGGUGUUCAUUUUUGACCUUAGAAAGGUUUCACCCGUAUUUUGCCGAAAAAGAUGGUGUCAGCUGGUGCGCCUGCGCACUGCAGUUGUGCGAAUUGAUUAUAUCUGUCAAAAUUGAUAUGAAGUGGAACUUUACCGUAAGCUUGCGCUUUCUAAAUUUGUCGAUCGGCGGGAAUCACCACGACGCUGAAUAAAACAAUAAAGGUUAAUGACUUAGAGCUCUAUUCUAAACAGCCCAUGAAUGUUUUAGUGCGGCAGUGCAUGAGCAGUAGAGUUGUAAUUAAAUUGGAUUAUUUCACAAAUUUCGUGAUCUCUGAUUGCUUCAACUAAUUCUUCUCUUUUGACAUACGUUGUGAUUUCCUAACCAUCAAAAUCGAAGCUCGUGAAUCCUAUACUGGAGUCAAAAAGGCACAAAAAGAAAACACAAAAAUCAAACACAACAACAACAAAACUAACGGAAUAAAUCGAUGGCGCCAGUUGUUCAAAAAGUGGAUAACGCUGUCCACUGAAUAAAUCUCUAUCUAACGAAAUACGCAAUUGGUCUCGCUAAUACUUAUCCGCUGAAUAGUGAGUUAUGAGGUGAUCAGCGCUAUCCAGCGUUUGAACAACCAACCUUCUGUUAUUGUUGUUACACUAUGUCUUUGCUACUUCAUUACAGGCUCGCCCAGGUUCUGACGUCAACCUUCGAAAUGGUCGUCAACAGACCCCUCUCCUCCUGGCUGUAGAUAAGAGACACGUGACCAUAGCUAAGCUUCUUUUGGAUAACGGAGCGGAAGUCAAUGACCAAGACGAUGUUGGUGACUCGCCCCUUCACGUAGUAGUCAUGUACCAUUCCUUGAAGGUUGGAGGGAGUAAUACACCAAAGAAGGAGGUAGGCUUCGAUCGGGGGAUUGUAUUAUAACACACAGCAGUUUUGCUUACAUGACGCUAACUUUGAGUGAAAUCGUGGUUCUUGUGGUUUUUAUAUAUCAUUAAAAUCCCACUCAAUUAUGGAUCCGGCAGUUUCCCUCAUGGUUGCCAUAGGUCAGGAAAUGGUCAGGGAAAAAAUUCUUCAAGGUCAGGGAAAAGUGAAAUUUUAAGAGUUCAUAUUUAUUCUUCUCCCGCUUUUUUACUACUGUUUUGUAACAUUAAAAUUCUAAUUUUAGAGACAUAUAUGGAGGGGAUGGCUAUGAGGGGAGGGUUGAGCCCUCAUCAGGUCUGAUGAUGUGUGAAACUGUUAAUUCAGCUGGUCAGAGAAAUUUUACAUUUGUCAGGAAAAAGUCCGGGGAAAGUCAGGGAAUUUUACAAACCUCUGGCUGUGGCAACCAUGUUCCUAUCCUCCAGUACAUCUGACUUGAAAUAGUUGAAUUAACGAUGGUAAGGUUAAAAACGUGCGUUUAAAGUGUGCGUCUUUUCAUGUUAUUUCCCAGCGUUUUUUUCCAAACUUGAGACUUGGUUCUGAGUUUUACCCACUGCCAUAGUUUCUCCCUAUUAUUUGGGAAUCAACGUGCCGUAUUUCCUCGAAUAGGAAGAGGAAACAUGGGAGGUCAUUUUAGAGAAAUUUACCGCCAGGUAAUGAAGUACUGAUUCCUUUUUUCAGUUGUCAACCAGUGAACCAACGUUCAUAAUAACGAAGUUGCUGAUGGAUCAUGGCGCUGACAUAACACUCCAGAACAAACACGAGAAGACACCAGUGCAGCUGUGUAGAGAUCCAAGGCUCAGGGAACUCAUGGUGCCUAAAGAUACAAUGACAGAAGAGUAAGUCUAUUUUGGCAAACGGCGGGCGCAUGCACAGUUGCUUAUUAUUUCAAACUUCUAGCAAACGCAUUUUUUGUAUUUUGUCCUUAUCAUUUCUCAGUUUGUACGCGCGCUGUGACUAGACAAUUUUGCGGGCCGUAUUCUAUUGUACAGCCUGCUGAAUUUGAAAGUAUUCCUCCCCGUGCGCCAAAGUAUCCUCAAAGAAAUAAGAAAUACAGUGGAAGCUCUCGUGGGCGGACACUCUCGGGACGCGAAAAAGGUGUCCGUAACUGAAGCUGGCCGCUUGCGGGAAUGUAAAAAUACAGAGUUUGUGUGGGAGUUGAGAUAAGGGGGGUUUUGUGAAGGCGGUCGUAAAUAGAGCAGCCAGCUUAUGACAGUGUCCUUUAAGAGAGCUUCCUCUGUAUGUUAUUAACCUCGUUUUCUAGAUCAGCACUGAAAGUAACGAAUCCUUAGUGAGACACAUAAUCAUACAGUAUGUGUCACUGUGGCGUAAAGAGGUCCAACUGAGUACGAAUACAGUCAUACCCCGUUAAUACGGACACUGAGGGGGCCAUAGAAAGAGUCCGUAGUAACGGGCUGUCAGCAUUAAGAGGGUUGAAUUUAGAGAAAAUGUAAGGGCUUUUUUCCCCAUGAACAAAGCAAACUGUCCGUAAUAAUGAGGUGACCGUGUUAAGCGGGUGUCUGUAAAGCGGAGAUUGACUGUAUUACAACCCUUUAACCCUUUAAACCCUAAGAGUGAUCAACAUCAAAUUUCUCCUUGUUAUAGCAAUGCUUGGUAAAACAGAGUGGUUAUGAGAAUUAAGGACAUGAUCACUCAGAAUGUGUUUGCUUGAUAUUUUUUUAACUUCUCCUGACUACUUCUAUUUCAAAUGAAUAGGGGCGCCAAACUGAGCAGAAUUUUAAUUUUGAUCUAAGGGUUUAUAUAUAAUUGUCAUGCUUAUCGCAUUCUCCAUUAAGGUAUUUAACGACGUGAUAUCUCACUAGUAUCUUGACCUUGUGUUUUCUUUUACGUGCGAGAUCAUAACGAAAUGUUCAUUUUUUCGUUAAACGUUUUAACACGAAAAAGGCACUAAGGGAGGCUGUUGAUAAAAAAUUUCACCCAAUUUCAUGCUGUGGAUUCCUCUGCAUAAUUUAUAGGUCUACGGUAAGCUAAGGUCUCCUACAUUUUAUAUUUCUCGAAGGAAAAACGGUUAAACGUAAAUGUAUUCUCAAGAGAACGGGAGAAUGCUGCAAUAUUAUUGAACAUUUUCAUGUUUUCUGGCAUUUUUUAUGAGCAAGGCCUACUUUAGUACGUCAGAAAGCCGUUUUCUGCAUCUCACUAUGACUGCGUUACUUAACCAUUUAUAUUUUUAGCUCUUCACGGGAAAACUCUCAAGCACAGAAAGACGUCUCCUCUGCUGCUACCUCGUCCGUGGAAGUUGCCAUAGUAACUGAAGUGAAAUGUCGAGUAUGCGGUGUUCCAGCGGAUGCCAGAUUUGAUCCAUGUGGUCACGUGAUAGCCUGUGUCGAUUGUGCUACUAUGCUGAAGAAGUGUUUUCUUUGUAAGGUAAAAGGCUUUUAUUUAAUGCCUUACAUAGUCGUAUAUCUCCAGAUUCGGAAACUGCUCGUAAUGAAGAGAAGGCCAACUUUCCCUUUGUUACUCAGGCGAUAGGCUAGGUCACUGAAAGAUAGCUUACUCCAAUUAACUAUUUUUGAAUCCCCCAUAAUACACUCUCUUCGCCCACCAAAUUUAGUUAAAGUAUUGUUUUCAAAUGCUCUUGAGAAUUUGUAGUCCUCCUUAGAGCUUCGGAAAACAACUGAAUGGUUAAUGCAAAGUGAAUAAUAUUGUUGCGGAGGAUUCGAAAAUAGAGAAUUUAAGUUACAUCGUUUCCAACACAAAAGAAUGAAUACACUUAAUAACUAACUACAAAUAACUCGAAUCAUUAUAAUUUCGUUGCGGAGUGUAACACCCAUGUCUUUCUAUUAAACCAAACAGACUUUUUUUCCAGACACUCUCUCUUACUUAAAUGACAUUGUAGAUCGACAGGAAAAGAGUCGUGGCAGACCGUAAAGGUUUCUUUUAUUUUGUGCUUUUAGGCUGUUGUUGACUCCUUCAGCAAAAUUUCCCAGGAAGGUGAUAAUGAGGAGUCACAGUGUAUAGUAUGUUCAGACGAACCCGCCUCCGUCAAGUUUGAGCCCUGUGGUCACGUUAUCGCUUGUCAAGGUCAGUAUUCGCUACUUUUGAGGGGACUGGAGCCGAAAUGUAUCCCGCAAUUGUUUCUGGGAUAGUUAUUGGGGACGCCCUUGUCAGCUAUUGGUCAAUGUUUUCCAGAUCCCUACUAACGGUCCCAGAAUUCUUUGCGCAAGCUAGCUUGUCCCAGUUUUCUCGUUUCUGAAUAGUCAAAUGAUUCUCGUGAUGUGUAAAUAAUUAAAGAGUGUCACCGUCCGUUUGAUCAGCUUCUCGACAACUUACGUUAUUUCUCACGGUUAAGUAACAUGGGAACGACAUGCUGCUGGCCAUUUUUGAUUAUGCGACAAUGUUUAAGGAGAAGGUAGUUGCUGAUCACUGCAAAGGUUGAAAGAGAUAGAACAGUGUAGAACAGUGGGCUCGACUCCUAGAAUGUCUUCCAUUUAGGACGUGAUGUUUUUAAGAUUAUGUUGUGGUUCUAUUUUUGUCUUUAAUUUAAUAGUUACUUUCCUUUGUUUUGUGUGAUGAUAACGUAUGACAGUGAGUCGUAAACAAGGGAAUAUAGAAGGUGAAAUCAAGGUUUAAUUUUAAACCACAACGAAUAUAGUUUCCAUAGUAACAGUGCAACAAAAUAGUAUUCUGGGGAAUUUUCUACUUACCCUUCCCCUACCACAAACCUCUCACUUAGGGCAAAAUUUUGAUUUAAAGGAGGGGUAGGUGGGUAGCUUUGCAGCGUCGUUUCCUCUGUGCCUGUAUUAAGUUCUAGUUGUUGGAGAGAGUUUUACUUUUUAAAGCGACCACUCUACUUUAUUCAACGUAUUAAACCGGUGUUUGUACUGAAAUUUUUACUCGUAGAUUGCGCUGCGCGGAUGAAAAAAUGUCUAAAGUGCAAAGGAGCUAUAACAAGAAAGAUAUCCAGUGGUGAGUUGUUGUUCAUUUAAAUCUGCGUUUGUAAUAAUUAAGAGGAAAUUCACCUUAAAGAAAGAAACAAACAAAACAAAUAGCGUCAUGAAUUAAAACAAAAAGGCCUGUUUAAAGGAUUCUACGGCUGUCGGUUCAUGUACAGUCGAACGUUCCGCUACGGAAACUUCUGUACUGCCGAGAGAUCAAGGAGAGUGUUAAAAUUACACGAAUUCUUAAUUUACUUCAACCUGUUAUAGGAAGGACUGUUGACAGGCUUUUUAUCCCCUUUCUUUGAAAUACGUAUGUGUCGACGAAAGCUCGCGUUUGAAAGAAACUUAAUCAGUCGAAAUCAGUCUUACUAUUUUAUCACAAAAGGUCAUUUUUAUGAGCCUUUAAGCAGUCUUGAAGAGCUUUCUGAACGUUCUCCGAAAGUUGCAAACCGCACCCGUACAUUUCCUAGAUUCCCGAAGACUUCCGAAGAUUUCUCAGUCGAAAGUUUAACAAGGAAGGACCGAAAAUGUGCCGGUUUUAGGUCAAGAGCUUGGGUAUUAAACCAGCUUGGUUUCCAAAAUAAAUACUCAAAAAACACCUUCCCUGUUUCGUUUUCUUAGAAGCAACAUCCACCCAACCUUCAGAGUUGACGGCAAAAGAUGAAAAAUACCUGGAAACGCUCCAUUCACUCCUAUCCCUUCAGGCGCAUGUCAGGGAAAUCGAGGACGCUAACAUGUGCGCCAUAUGUUUGGAAAAACCGCGCAAUGUGGCUUUCCUGUGUGGACAUGGCACGUGUGUUGAAUGUGCAUCUUCACUGGAGGUUUGCCCCAUGUGCAGAAAACCCAUCGAUAAAAAGAUUACGUUGUUCAAUUGA